GGAAGUCGUCGCUUUCUGAUGAAUUCAUUGGCUGUGGAUUUGGGACUAGAGGAGAAUCUGGCCCCCGGAGGCUCGUAUUUGCAACUUAAACUCCUUUCUCAGUCGGACUGACAGUGCGACAGAUUUGUCCGCCACGCGUGCACAUUCUUAGCACAGGAGAUUGAAUUCAUUCUCAAAAAUGGGAAGAACCUACAUUGUAGAAGAGAAUGUUGGUCAGUAUCUUUUAAACGUCGAUCUCCAAGGAAAGGCUUUUGCUUCUGGUCUUUUAAUAGGGCAGUCUUCUUCACAAAAGGAUUAUGUGAUCCUUGCCACUAGAACACCACCCAGAGAGGAACAAAAUGAAAACCUCAAACAUCCCAAAGCUAAGUUGGAUAACUUGGAUGAAGAAUGGGCCACAGAACAUGCAAACCAGGUAUCCAGAAUGCUACCAGGGGGACUUUUAGUUCUUGGAGUAUUUAUUAUUACAACUUUAGAAAUGGGAAAUGAUUUUCAAAAUGCCCUGCGCAGACUAGUGUUUGCUGUGGAAAAAUCUUUGAAUAAGAAGAGACUGUGGAAUUUCACAGAGGAGGAAGUCUCAGAACGAGUAACACUUUACCUUUGCUCUUCUACAAAAAAAGUAUUUUGUCGAACUUACGAUGUCCAUGAUCCCAAGAGUUCAGCAAAACCAGCAGAUUGGAAGUAUCAAAAUGGACUGUCAACUUCAUGGAUUUCUUUAGAGUGUACAGUUCAUAUUAAUAUUCACAUCCCACUGUCUACUACUUCUGUCUGCUAUACUCUGGAGAAAAAUACAAAGAAUGGACUUGCACGCUGGGCCAAGGAAAUAGAAAACGGUGUUUAUUUGAUUAAUGGACAAGUUAAAGCUGAAGAUUGUGACCUAUUAGAAGGACAGAAAAAAUCUUCUAGAGGAAAUGCUCAAGCAACUCGUCAUUCUUUUGAUGUCAGAGUGCUAACGCAAUUGCUUCUGAAUUCUGACCACAGAUCCACAGCCACAGUCCAGAUCUGCAGCGGCUCCGUGAACCUUAAGGGUGCUGUGAAAUGCAGAGCUUAUAUUCACAGCAAUAAGCCCAAGGUUAAAGACGCUGUACAGGCAGUGAAGAGAGAUAUAUUGAAUACAGUUGCUGAUCGUUGUGAAAUACUAUUUGAGGAUCUGCUCAUGAAUGAAAUUCCAGAAAAAAAAGAUUCUGAAAAAGAGUUUCACAUUCUCCCUCACCGAGUUUUUGUCCCCAUUCCGGGAUCCGCUGUAAUGUUAUGUGAUUACAAAUUUGGCGAUGAGUCAGCUGAAGAAAUCAGAGACCAUUUUAUAGAGAUGUUGGAUCAUAGGAUUCAGAUAGAAGAUUUGGAAAUUGCAGAGGAAAUGAACACAGUUUAUGUGAGUUCUCCUGUGAAUACUGAAGCUACACUGGACAACACAGAUGAUGAACAACCAAAACAACCAAUUAAAACUACAAUAGUAUUGAAAAUUCAGCAAAACAUAGGUGUGAUUGCAGCAUUUGCAGUUGCAGUUCUUGCUGCUGGUCUCUCCUUUCAUUACUUCAGUGAUUAGGGUGAGGCCCAGAGAGCAUCCUGAUCAUCAUCAGAGAACAUUGACUGACCAUCAAUUAUGAAUAUAAAGAUGCAAACAAUCCAUCCGCAUUUAAGACAAUAGCAGCCAGAUUUGCUGCCAUUAUGCCUAUUCGUAGGUGUGUUUCUGACUAAAAUGAAAUCACCAGCUGCCUUGUUUAGCCUUGCUGAUAUUAUAGGUGGCUCAGGCUUCCAAAAAUAAAGUUAUGCAUCUAGAUGGAAGCCGGCAUGUAACAAAUCAUUAUUAUCUAUUUUUUAAAAAUGUUCAAAGUGAUGGUUUAUUUUCACAGAUUUUAGUCCUCUUAAUCUGGAUCACAUAUUCAUCAAGACAUUGAAAAUUUGAACGGUCAGAGUUGAUUGAAUAUCUUAGUGAUAAAACAAUAGGAGAAGUUUCUACGAAGUGGGGCAAAUACCUACUGGGGAAACUCAUACUGUACGACCUUUCUAAUGGACACUCAGGUCCAGAAUGCCGAUCGAGUUCUGAUCAAGGGAUAAGAAACCUUUCCAGAAAGCUUUGCAUCAGUAAGGAUUGCCAUAAAUCAUGUGCUUUGUCCAGUUAGUCUAUCAUAACUGCUAUAAUAUAUACAUAAGACUUUUGCUUCCAGCAGUACAUUAGACAAGGUACUGCAAAACCCCUAAGAUCCUGAAUAAAACCUACCUUUCAGUGCAUUAAUAGGCUCAAAGAAAGUGGGAGAAAUCUCCAUGAACCUUUCCUCUUUUUCCUUCCCCACAAAAGUGAGCAUAUCUUGAGUUGGAAGUUGUGAAAACUGCAUUAAGCGCACAGGUUGACUGUGGUUGCCUGGAUGGGAGAUACCAGUUGUAGUACUGCUGUGUGCAGUUUGCCUCAGACCAAAAGGAAGGAGAAAAAUCUUAGUCUGAGAUGCUACCCUGGCCAGAACAGCUGAAGUGGCCCUCAGUUUAUAGUACCCUGUAGCUCCUGGCAGAAGCAAGACAGAGGCCUAAGAUUCUUAUAGAGUAAGAUGAUGCAGUAUUACCUCAUGACUAGAAAUCACCAGGCAAAAGUUGAGACCAGCUAGCAUGAGAAAGAACUGACUUUGGAUUAAAUUCUCCAAGGUCUCAUCACCAACAUACAUGAAGGAUGGGACCACAGGCAAAUCUAAAAAAGAAACAAAUGGAACUGCUAGAAGACGUUUGUUACUUGAAAUUAAAAACACACACACACACACAAAAAACCUCAGAUGUGUUGAAUAUUGUAUUAGGACUCAGCUGAAGAGACAGUGAGUAAACUGGAAGAUAGAUCGAAAGAAAUGACCCAGUACACAGCAAGGAGAAAUGAGUUGCUGGAAAAUAUAAAUGUUAAAGAGAAGUUAAGAGGUACCGAGGAAAGAAUUAUAAAGACUAGAAGUACUAGGAGGGACUAGAGAGGAUGGAGGAGUGGCAAUAUAUGAAGAGUUAACAGAAUUUCCCACAUUUGUUGGAAAAACAUGAAUUUGUAAGUUCAGGAAGCAUAAUAUAUCCCAUGCAUAUAUAGAUGAAAUUCAUGCCUAAACCAAUGUACUGUAACUACAAAAUACCAAACACAAGAUUUUAAAAGCAAAGAGCAGAAAAUAUCAAUGAAGGCAAGACAAUCAGAUACUUAAUUGGUUUCUUAAUGGCAACACGGUACCCAAAAGUUGGUAAAGUAAUGCCUUUGGAAUUCUGAGAAAAAGUAUCAACUUGGAAUUUCUACCAUGCAAAACUGGAAUAAUAUGUGUUCAAAUGAAAAACAGAUUUUAUCGUCAAUGGGACUUUAUUUAAGAAACUGCAAAAGAAUAAUCUUCAAGAAGAAAAUUCCAAAGGAUGAUCUGAAAUUGAAGAACUAGAGCAAAUAAAUGAUAAACAUGUAAAUCAAAAGUGUUUAUAUAAAACAGUCAUAAUGAAAGAAGUGUUUAUAAGAAAAAUUGUAAACAAGUAAAACUAAAUAAACAUUUUUGCAACAUUA